GUUGCUAUAUUUUUAGCCAGUUAGCAUCGGCGUCGUAGUUAUAAAUUCCCCAGCGCUGCCUGCUCUUUUAACGUCAAGUGUUUGACUAGCCAGAAAUAUGGACUUGAGUCACGUAUUAUAAAUGCGAAGCACGCAAGUUUGGUAGCUUUGCGCUGUUUUUAAUGCACUAGUCUUGCUUGUUCGGGAUGUUUUUACCCUUAACAUGGAGACAAAAAGAGGGGAGAUUCCAAGAGGUUUACUGGAUGACCUUUGCAGUCGCUUCAUUCUUCACAUCCCCAGCGAGGAGAGGGACAAUGCCAUCAGAGUUUGCUUCCAGAUUGAGCUCGCCCAUUGGUUUUACCUGGACUUCUGCAUGCAGAAUUCACCAGGACUACCUCAGUGUGGGAUAAGAGACUUCGCCAAGGCUGUUUUUAGUCACUGUCCAUUCCUGCUGCCCCAAGGAGAGGAUGUUCAGAAGGUUUUAGAACAGUGGAAAGAAUAUAAGAUGGGUGUGCCUACAUUUGGUGCCAUUAUUCUGGAUGAAACACUUGACAAUGUGUUGAUGGUCCAGGGUUAUUUGGCCAAGUCUGGCUGGGGUUUUCCUAAAGGAAAAGUCAAUGAAGAUGAGGCUUUCCAUGACUGCGCUGUGAGAGAAGUUUUAGAAGAGACAGGAUUUGACAUCAGAGAUCGUAUUUGCAAGAAGACGUAUAUAGAGCAGAGGAUUUCAGAUCAGCUGGCUCGAUUGUACAUUAUACCAGGAGUUCCUAAAGACACCAAGUUCAACCCAAAGACCAGAAAAGAAAUUAGGAACAUUGAAUGGUUUCCAGUGGAAAAACUGCCUUGCCACAGGAACGAUAUGACUCCUAAAUCCAAGCUUGGAUUGGCUCCUAACAAGUUUUUCAUGGCUAUUCCAUUCAUGAGGCAGCUCAAAGAAUGGAUUGCCAAACACAAAGGAGAGUCGACCAGCAGUGAUGAGGAUUUUGCGUCCAAUGGCAGCACACCAUGCAAACCAUUCCGCUCUAAGCCCAGGAGAUCUCAGUUAUUGGUGGAAUCGUCUCCAGUGUCCGCUGACAGCUGGUCAAAGCAGAAACAGAAAAUAUUUGUACAAACCUCCCAGAGCGAGUUAGCAGAUGUGCUUAAACCCAAGAAUCAUGUUAAAGGCAAUGGGAGGAAACACCAAGAGUCUCCAAACCUGAAGAAAAGAGUCAAUGGUGUCAGUCAGCAGCAGAAAGAUGACAAGAAGCUUCAGCCCAGAAGACUGCAGGAUAACUUUGAUGCAGAUGCAGCUGGUGAUGUUUACCUUUAUAACGGACAGGCAGACUGCUAUGGGGAAAACGAGGGCAUCCUCUCUUCACGGUCCUUUCUCAGCUUCAAAUUCGACAAAGACGCCAUCAUGAAAUCCUGCUUCGAGUCCUAAUUAGUUUUUAAAACUGGAUCUUCUGAGCUGCAAACAUGUUUUGUUUGUUGGACCAAGACUACAGAUAUAUCAGAAUAUUCCUUUUUCACACGCAAAUGUCAGUUCCUGUUAAUCUGGAUCUGUAAUGCUGUUAGUUUGAGUUCUUGAUAAUUCUGCUAAAACUUCCAAUCAUGAGAUUUUCAUGAUAAAGGCGAACAUUUGAGUCAUUAAAGAACUUGUUCUUGGUAAUCCCGCUUGGUGCUCUGUCAAGAAACUAACCCGUUUAACAAUGCUUGGAUUCAGAGCACCUGAAGUGCAUAUUCUGCUCAUGUUUUAUCAUUGUGAUUCAAUCAGACCAGCUGUAUGUUGACUUCCUAUGGCUGAAUCAUUUCAGUAUUCACUGCUGUGUUAAACAUACAACCGUGAAAGUAUAAGACGUUUAAGCUGCUCAAAAAGAGCAUCAUAUGACUGGUACUGUACAGAUUGGUCAAUGUUACUCAUAGUGCUAAAGCAGAAAACACGUUCAAGCACUAUAUGCAGUCCAGAGUCGCCAAAUGUCAGCGUACUUUGUGAUUUUUGUCAUAUCACAUUUUGCUGUUUUGGUGAAUAAUGUUUAAUCUGUUUCCUCUUUAUUUCUGUGCAAUGGAGCCAUUUGUUUUCUGUUCUUCUUCGUUUAUGUUGUUUAUCAUGGAUUUCACACCGUCCGUGUUUAUGAUACAAUAUUAUUAAUAUUUGUCUCUGUGAAAUAGCACUGACAUCUGUGGUAAGUCGACUUUAAAUUAUGCAAUGUGAUUCGCUUAACCGUAUUAUCAGUGGUCUGUAUUGUCAUUUAUUUUCUUCAGUUCUUCUUUUUUUGGUAAAUAAAGACACUUUUUUUCGUAAA